CGUUCACUUUACACAUCCGAUCUCCUGAUGGCCCAUCUCCGGAGACAAGACGGUUUCAAUGAUUCCGACUACGUGUCGUGUCCAGUUGGAGGCAAGUGGUGGAAAUGUGAAGAUGUCAACUAUCCAACAUUCAUCGGAUGCUGUUCAAGCAACCCUUGCUCUGGACAAAUGUGCCCUCAAGACAACUUGUAUCCUAUGGGCUUUGGCCCCGUCACAACGCCCGUGCCAGAUUAUCCCAACCAUUCCUGCCCAUAUCGCGGACUCUGGUACACUUGCGCCGACAACUCUGUUACCUUCCAGGGCUGCUGCGAGAGCAAUCCGUGCAACGGCCAAGGAUGUCCUGCCUCUGAUUUACGGCCAGCCGGCGUUCAUACGGUGGUCGUAGCUGGAAGUUCGACCUUUACAGUUCCCGCCUCGGUUGCAACCUCGAGUUCAGCUUCUGGCUCAUCGGCAUUUGCUACGACAACAUCGAGCACAGCGUCGCCUCAACCAAUCUCCAACUCAGUUGAUACAGCCGCUAUAGCGGGUGGUGUCGCUGCCGCCGUUGUGGCUUUGACGAUUAUCAUUGGAAUUGCGAUCUUUUGCCUUGUACGACGAAGAAGAAUGAAACAAUCUCUGCAAGAAUCCAUUCAGCCUGGACCAGGACCACAAGAAUGCAAGCCAUUCUAUAAGGAUCCUUCCGGUGCAGUCUUGACACCGCUUCCUCGAUAUCCCGGAAGUGCUUCCGCCAUGCAAAGCCCUUUCUCGCCUGCACCCGCUUAUUAUUCUCCUCGAGCUCCCAACCCUCAAGACACAGAACCUCGAGAAAUAAUGGGGCUUGGCCUGACAGCAGAUGAAUUCAAUCGGCGCCAUAAAUCCAGAUCCCCUGUAAAUCACAAUGUUGAAGGCCCUGUUGAACUAGCCGCGCAACGCUUUUCGGCGAACCACCCCGAUGCAGAAGCUAGAAGCCCUCUUUUGGAGUCAAGACCGAAGGACAACAGCCUGGCGAAACGCGGAGGGCUGGACAGACAAUCGCGAUUACGCAGUCGUCCAGCAGUGGCUGAUUUGCAUGCAGAGUUGUCG